AUGGCAGAAGCUGGUGUCUUCCCGGGUAUAGUAUUCUACCUUAGCUUCUGGUAUAGGCCUCGUGAGAGGGCUAGCCGAAUUACGGUCUUUCUGGCGAGUGCCACUCUAGUAGCUACCUUUGGAGGCGCCAUAGCCUAUGGAGUUAGGCAUAUGAACCAGGUUGGCAAUCUCAGUGCCUGGAGAUAG